UCGGGACGCGGCGGGUGCGGCCGGGAGAGGCGCUGCGACCCGGGCGGGCAGGGGGCGUGGAGGGGCGCGAAGCGGCGCAGGGCCUCCUCCCGGGCUGUUCUUCCCCGGCCGGACGGAGAGCGGCACUGUGUCCCCGCGGCGCACGCUCCGCCCGAGCCUCCCCCUCUCCCCGGCCGCCGCCGAGCAGUUCACCAGUCCCUGCGGCCGCCGGAGCGGCGGGAGGUUUUCUUUGCCUCAUUCCCUACAUGACAGAACCAAUCUUUUCUUAACCAACAUGGAUAUGUAAACCUCUUCAAGAUGGUUAAGAACUGUGGCGAAGAACCAAGUGAAAUGACAAGAGGGAGCAUCCACUUCUGCUGACAUCUAAUCUGCAUGUUUGAAAGUAUGGUUUCCUGACAGAAGAGUGCAUUAUAUUUUUUUAACAGCAGAUCUUUAUGAAGUGUGCCAUCAGUGGUGAUUUUGGAAAGAUGAGAAGGGAUCCACUGUGGGGCAAUUCAGUGAAACUGAAAAUGUCUGCUAUUUCUGUUAUACGUAUCCCAGUUACGAGAGGUUUUUUGUGAUUUCUGAGCCUGGUGCUGUCAGCCUCAUGUGAACAAACUAAAACAAAAAGCAAGCUGAUUUUUAGAAAACAAAAUGCCACGAAGAAGGAAAACUGGUGGGAGUCCUUCUCUGAAGAAUGGCAAUUCUGACAGAACUGCUGUUGCUGUAUCCCAAGGGGACGCAAGCUGCUCAGUGUCACAAGCAGUGCGUAGUGUCAAUAAGGAAGAGCUCUUCAACAGCAUGUCAGAGAUGUUUUCUGACCUAGAUCCUGGCGUGGUUUAUAUGGUUCUGUCUGAAUGUGAUUUUAAAGUAGAGAACGCUAUGGAUUAUUUGCUAGAGCUGUCUACCCAUGCCAAAGGAGUCGCAUCUUCAAAAACCUUGGGUUUGGAUUCAGUAGCAUCACUAGCUCUUGUUAAUCAGCAAAGAUCUGUUGUAAAUGAAAGAAUGGGGGAAAAUGCUGUAAAACAAAGUAAUUCUGAAGAAGAAAAAGAAAAGAUCCUGUCACCUGAUGUGCAGCUGACUGAAGAACUGGAUUCCUUAAUAGAAAAUGCCUUACAGAGAUACACCUUGAGUGAUGAAUUGUCUAAUUCUGCAAAUGACCAAAUAGUACAUGAGUACUCUGUGGAACACGAUGGCUUUAAAGGAUUUCCUGAGUGGGAAAAAUCUGAUUCAGGGUGCAGUGUCCUACUUUUUCCACAGCAAAUAGGGACAAAUAAUGAGGUUUUAGAAAAAAUUCGCUGUUCUCAGCCACCGGUGGGUCAGCUGAGCAUCCAGACGUACUCAUCAACUGCAUCAGAUGCUUUUGCACAGAUAUUGGAAGAUUCUGAUUCAUCAGAAAUACAUGUUCAACAUGAUUUAGCUUCAGAAGUCUAUAAACAAUUGAAUGGAGAAAUACCAUGUGGAAGUUUUGAACAGACACAAGAUACUGGUUUGGAUCAACAAACUGUGACUGCUGCUUCUGGUGAGUCCUCCAAAAGGUCUCUGGAAUGUGGAGUAGCCGUCACUGGAAAUCUGAAUUCAGGGUGCCUGGAACAGCACAAAGAAGUAGUGACUGCCUUUAACAGCCACCAGAGCACUUCUCUUCCAGAGGCGUGUGACUCUCUUGAAAUGCCCAGUUUCAAAACACCAAAACCUGCAGAUUUUCAGCAAACUCAGCAGGGUCGUAACUUAAAUUUUUCUACACCGUCAUGUCAACCUCAACAACACUGGAAUCUCAUGGCUCCCGUGUUUUAUCCAUCCACUGGAAGUCACAGCUUUGUAACUCCUGUGGCUGCCAGUCUAGGGCAGUGGAGACCUGUUUCAGAGUAUAAGAGUUUGGAAAAUGGACUUUCUUUUUCCUCUCCAGUGGUUUCAUAUGCCUGGGAUAGCAACCCUUCUCUGAAGGUAUGGGGAAAUCAAGAUAGAAACUCAAAAUUGAACCUCUCGCAAGCACAGCAGCCACCUGUUUGUCACAUGAUGAGAAAAAAGAUGCACCUUAUAGGUCAAGUACUUGUUCUUCUCAGAGGUGUUCCAGGAUCAGGAAAAUCAUAUUUGGCAAGGACUUUGCUUGAGGAUAACCCAGGUGGAAUAAUUCUUAGUACUGAUGAUUACUUUUCUAAACAUGGACAAUACCAUUAUGACCCUGAUUGCUUAGGGGAAGCACAUGAGUGGAACAGGAAACGAGCCAAAGAAGCAUUUGAAAUGAGAAUCUCACCUAUAAUAAUAGACAACACAAACAUACAAGCAUGGGAGAUGAAGCCUUAUGUUACGUUGGCUCAGCAGUUCAAAUACAAAGUCAUGUUCCGAGAACCAGACACUUGGUGGAAGUUUAAACCAAAAGAACUUGAAAGACGAAACAUUCAUGGUGUAUCCAAAGAAAAGAUCAAAAAAAUGUUGGAACGAUAUGAACGCUGUCUUACUGUUAGUUCAAUAUUGGAUUCUUCAGUCCCAGACAAAUCAGAAGCUGCUGGCUGGAGUGAAGAUCCUGGUCAGGAUGAAAGCCAGAGAAAGAGAGAGGCACAUUCUGAUGUACAGGAAGAAAAACCUUUUGCUUCUGAUGUAGAGCAUCUUGAAUUAGCUAAAGAUGAUAAAACUUUUCCCAGUAGUUCUCUACCAUUAGAAAGUAACCAUGAUCCUGAACAUUUCCAGAAAGAGGAAAAAGCAAUGGAAAAUAAUUCAGUGGAACACAAUCCUGAUAACAUCACUGUUCAAGAUGACUUGGAUGUUGAUUUAUCAGACUGUGUAGAAGAACUGCCCUUGGAGAAGACAGAAGAAAAGGGAGAAAAAAUGGAAAAAAAUCCUGAAACAGAAAUGGAUGAGGUUGAUGUGACCAGGACUGAAGAGAAUGUGUGCUUGCACACAGGAGAAGUUGAGGAACACAGUGAUAACAACAUUCUCAAAGUUCAAACUGAAGUUGAACAAUCUGAUGAAAUAUGUACAGAACCAAAAUCAACACAAAAUAGUAAUGUAGUAGAACCAAGCAGUUCAGCUUUUGGCAUGUCAAGAAAACCAGAAUUACUAAACUUUCUGGGUGACUGGCCUGUAGAACAAACAAUGGGUCAGAGAGUCAAAAGAACUAGAAGGCUAGAAAAAUCUUCUCUGAAGAGUGACAAGGAAGGUGAAACUCCCAGUCAGCAGCAUCCUGAGUUGGGUAAAGAGCAAGUCGGCCUGCCUGCGACCUGUGCUGUUGAAAAAGGACAUGAGGAAGAAAAUCUAGCCGCUAGCUGUUCCUCUAUUAGUUCAGAUAAAGUUACACCAGAAUUGCAAAUGAUAGGACAUUGGCCUGUCUCAGGCUCAUUAGAACAGAGACAACAAAGGUCACGGAGAAUGAGAAAGACAAGUCUAAAUCAGUCUGAUGAAGGUGGAAAUACUGAUAGUGACAUCAAUAGAAAUGCUCUUGAGACUGUAGAUGCGCUUUGUGGGACACCUGUGAACGCUACAGAGCAACUGGAUACAAAGAAUUUGCAAAUGCACCAACCUGAAACAGUAGGUAGUGAAACAGUAGGUGAGAAAAAAACACAGCAAAAUAAGAGAAUGAGGAAACAUCACAAAUUAGCCCUCACUUUCACAAACAACAAUUUGUUGCAUCCCAAAGAAGAGGAACACUUGUCUGUGUUUAACGCAGCAGAAGAGAAACUUGACACAUGCUCAUGUAGACAAAAAAGUAGCUGUUCACAGACUGAAUCACAGGACUUUGCUCUCCUCUGGAGAUUAGAAAACAAAAUGCAUUUUCCUGAGACUACCAAAGUAUUGAAUGGCAGUCUAGACGGCUUCAAACCCAAAGAUGUAGAUAAUGCCUCAGGCUCUCAGGAAAAAAUACCGUAUCGAGUUACGUAUGAUAAAAGUACAUUUGUGGAGGAAAGUGAACUGGUCAAUAUUGAUGAGUCUGAAAAGCUAAAUAUGCUCUGUAAGCUCUUUGACUCUGUUUCAUUUGAAGCUCUGAAAGAUCUGUAUGAAAGAUGUAACAAAGACAUAGACUGGGCCACAGGUCUGCUGUUAGACUCUGAUGAGAAGUUGUGCAAAGAUGUUGAUAGUCAAUAUUUUCAAGUAAGAGAAGCUGAGCCAGUUGUCGCAGAGCUGGAUUUCAAGGCAAGUACAAGUUGUCGUGAGAAUCUCGAAGACGGUGAGCAAAUGCCGCUAGUAAUUGAGGCUGGUGAUGACUCUGAGCCUUUGGAAGACAAGAACUCAUCACUCAGCAUUGCAGAAUGCACAGCUGCCAAGGCAGAUGUGACAGAUGCUGAUGUGUCUGAGUCAUUGACAGCCACCUCAUUGCAUGGUUUGGGGGAACUGAAAAAUUCUGGAGACGCAGCCCCUAGAACUGAUGCAGGCAGCUCAGCAGCAGGUAUCAUUGAGCCAUCCGUUUCAGGAGAGCAGAAGAUAGACUCUGAGAGUCCUGUUGAAGAAGCUAUAAAUCAGCCAGGAGUUUUACAGCUUGAUGCAGAUUUAUGUAUACCCAUGACUUUGCCUCAUGAUCCUAACACAACUUCCACCAAUUCAAAAUCUGAAUUAAAUAAUGAAAGUGACACUAACCCUUCAGAAAGCAAUGCAGAGAAUUCCAGAAUGACUGCUUCAGUACUGGAAAUGGAUCAUGUGCCUCUGGAUGUUCCUAGGAGUGAUAAAGAACUGGAGACAGAUAAACAAACCCAAGGGAAUUCCAGGGAGAUAGGCGGUAAAGAAGAAAUUGAAACUCCAAGCUGGGAUGAAACUAAAGCCAAGAUACAAAGUCCUACACCAGCGUCACGUGCAGCCUUCAGUAUAGAUUGUCUAGAAUUAACAUUACCUCCUGAACUGGCACUCCAGUUGAAAGAAAUAUUUGGGCCUGUUGGCAUUGAUGCAGGAUCACUAACUGUCGAGGAUUGUGUGGUUCAUAUUGAUCUGAAUUUGGCAAGAGUGAUUCAUGAAAAAUGGAAAGAAUCUAUUCUGAAACGUCAGAGGAGAGAUGAAUGGUGUAAGUUGUCUGCAGAAGGUCCUACUGUGAUUCAGCAGAUAGAUACUGAUGACUCAGAAAUGCUGUUAUCUCAGAAUGCAGAUGGUAAAAUACAGAAGAAAAAAAUGAGCUGGGUUUCAGGGUCGUCUAAUGACAUACAGACUAAACAACCAGCAACAUCAGAUGUUUUUCCUUUUAUGGAUCACUGGAAUGCUCAGAUUCAGAAGGUGUCUCUCAGACAAAUAAUUUCCGAAGAAAUAGCUAUGCAGGAGAAACAGGAUCUGAAUCGUGUUCCUUCUAUGGCUAGAAAAGACUGUGCCACUAAACUCAAGGAGAAGCAACUUUUUGAGAUGUUUCCAACUAUUAAUCAAAGUUUCUUAAUGGAUGUCUUCAAGGACAACAACUACUCUUUAGAACAAACUGAACAGUUUCUGAACUGUGUUCUGGAGGCAGAUCCUGUAAAAACAGUUGUAGCUCAAGAGAGUGUUCAGCAAAAUGAAAUUGUUUCUUCCUACAGUGCUGCAAAGAACCGGGAGAAGAAGGCAAAAAAAAGUAAGGAAGAAGAUGAUCCUUUGAGUGAAAUAUUUCAAGAAUUUGAGUAUCCACAAUAUAAUGAUUUAAGAGCGGAAGCUUUUUGUCACCAGCAAAAGAGAAAGGAAUGUUUGAAGAAGGCUGGGGAGGCCUAUCGCAUGGGUAUGAAGUCUGUGGCAGCAUUUUAUGCACAUCAGGGUCGCCUUCAUGAGCAGAAGAUGAAAGAAGCCAACCAUGCUGCUGCUGUGCAAAUCUUUGAGAGAGCAAAUACUUCCUUGCUGCCUAUGAACGUGUUGGAUCUGCAUGGUCUCCACGUGGAAGAAGCUGUGACUCACUUGUCCAGAGUGCUGCAGGAAAAAAGUGAAGAGCAUCAGCAGACUGGUGGUAAACCCUAUCUCUGUGUUAUCACGGGAAGAGGAAGCCAUAGUCAGGGAGGAGUUGCUCGCAUCAGACCAGCAGCUAUCAGAUACCUCACCAGCCACAACUUCAGGUUCACAGAAAUAAAACCAGGCUGCCUGAAAGUCAUGCUGAAUUGAAGGGUUGUCGAGAAGAGAAAUAUAGAAACUGAGGUGUCAGGUGACAACUGAAAACGUUUUGGACAACUGCAAUAGUAUUUUGUAAUCCAUUUUAAAGGACAAUAUUUUAUUAGAAAUGGUCUCAAUUUACACGUGGUUUUAUCAGUUUAUUUGCAAGAAAAUUUUUGUGUGGAAUGGAUCUUUUUUUUUUAACCUGCAAAAAGAAGACACCUACAGGAUCUGAAGUCUCAGAAAUGCAGAUUAAGAAUUCUGCUAAGCAGUAUAUGAUUUUUAAAAGGAGCUUAAGGUACAAUUUUUAAAUAUAAGUGUCUCCUCAGCAUAGCCAGUUUGUGUCUUUUGACCCUCACACAUUUUAAUUGUUGUGGGUUCUGUGCUUUUAGAACAUAUUACCUUGUACAGAGUUAUUUUGUCAUUCAGAACUUUGUGCUAAGCCCUACAGAAGAGCACAGGACAGGUGGAAACUGGGCAACUACUGAUAUUUCAAAUCCAGUUACAGCUGAGUGCUAAAUAUUUCCAGGUUUCUUCAGAAGUCUGAUGUCUUUUUAGUGGUUAUUUUGUGAUGGGUUAACCAGUUUGUUCUUACUCCAUUCAAAAUUUAUCUCCAUAUUGAUGGAAGUUGCAUAUAAAGGACUGUGCAUUAAGACCAGCUGUGUGUUCAAUAAUUUUGCAGACUUCCUGUGAUCUGUUAAAGGGAAAAUUACUAUGCUGUAGUUCAGUCUCUAGUAACACAUAUCCAACACUGCUAUGUUGCAGGAGAUGCCCUUUUUUCAACAUCAACUGGAUUAAAAGUGUUUCUUCCUUUAUAGCUCUUUAAAUGGAGCAAAUUAAGUACUAUUUCACGUUACAGGUGUCUAAUAGUGACGUGUCUUCAUUCUGUGUAUAUUGCACUCAGUGAUUUUCUUGCAGAGAAUAUGAUUGUCUGUGAGACAUUUUAAAUAUAUUUUAACAUCAAAGUGAAUGCUAAUACUACAGUGGUAAUUGCCUAACUGGAACGUCUGGGAGUACAAAAGUUAUUCUGGUGGUGGUGGUGUUGCAUCAGCAUCGAGAAACAUCUGUGUAAAAAUACAAAAUGACAACAAACCAACCCGCUCAAUUAAAUAUAAACAUCUGAACUUUGGCAAGUGUUUCCAGUAAGCAAUCAGAACAUUUUUAAAUAGAAAUAUCUUCUAGAAUGCUUUACUACUUUUAUUUACAUCUUUGCCUCUUGAAAGGCAUUUUUUUUUGUGAGGCUUUUUCAGAACAUGUAUGAGUUGUGUAUUAGGAAUAAUAUUGAUAGGUUAAGGAGUAAUAGGACUUUUUUUUCAUUUUAAACCACUUUUGCAGUUAAGGAGCCAUAUGCACGUACAAUUUGUGUAUGAAUCCAUACGUUUGUGCAAGUUCUGCCAUUUGUGUGCAUGGGUAGUAAUAAGCAAGGAACGUCUGUGAGAAAAGCUGCGCACAGAAAUAGGUUUCACUUGAAAAUGUAUCUGUGUAAGUUGCUGACAAACUGAAAGACAUGAUGCUUCCUGAGUAUCCAUAUUGACUGUAAUAUAUACACAGUGAAUGUAGUAUAUGGUAGACUUAAAAAUGAGUUUGUCAUGCUUCAACAGAUACAAUAAUCUUUUCAUGGUGAUUUCUGGUAGAAGAAGAGAUUGAGUAAUACUCAAUGAAAGGGACUCUUGUUGGAAUAAUAGACUGUCAUAGUAAGUUUUAUAUUUUUUGUGGGUACUUGGUUAAUCUGAAUUGUGUCACUUCUCUUUGUCUUUCUCCCUGGGCUGCUCUGGUAACCAGUGGGUGAAAUACGGAAGAUCUCUGCUCCCCAAACAGCACCAGCACUGCACAGUGUCCUGUGCGGUGAAGCUCGUGCUCUGUCCUCUGCUGACAGUGCCUAAAAUGGACCGAGAUGUCAUUUAGGCACUUGGACUUGUGACAGCAGCUCAGACUAUCAGCUGUCCAGGGUUGCAGAUGCUAGAAUUCCCUCAGUGGAGCUAUGAUCUUUCUUUUGGACCAAGGAACUUGCUCCUGAGCAGGUUUUCCUUAGUUAUCACAAAUGGAGGUGCAGCUCUUCAAAGUGUAGUCCCUGUUGGUUGGCCCAGGGAAGGUCCCAGUGUCUGCUCAGAAGAGUUGUGUGUUGAGCUGCUGGGUGUCCAAGCCCUACACUGAUGUGCUGGUAAAUGGAGAAGUGCCAACACUUCUGGUUGUUUUGGGAGGGAGCCUGAUUUGCUCAGUGUGUUCACACCAUUCCUGACAUGGACAAAGGCAGCUUAGAUUUCAGUUCAAAAGACAUGCAGAAAUAGUUGUUGUCUUGCCCAUCUGUUUGUCAUAUCUAGUUGUUGACAAGUUUACCCUGGAGAUGAGAAACGCAGCUUUUUGCCUUCUUAUGGCUUAGCAAGGAGGUGAGGAUUGUGCUUGACUCUUGCUUCCCCAGAAAAUGCCCUCAUCAGUGUGCUCAGGGUAUUCUUGAAGUCACCACUUCCUGAACCUCUUUCAAAAUUGCCGCUGCAAACUAAAAAUGCAAGAUCAGGGGGACAAAAAAAGAUUAAAGAAUAAAAAGUGCAUAAACAGCAUCUGGAAGGAGGCUAGGACUCUUCAGAAAAGAAGCUCUUCCCACUGAGCUUCAAGGUUGUCCCAUAUCACUUUUUCAUCUCUUAGUCCUAUUUGGAUAAAUGCACACAAGAUGUUCAGGGCAAAACCUCAGCUCCAUCCCUUACUAGGAGAGCUUUUGUCCAGUCUGUCAAAGUCAGCAGAGGAGUAUGUAGCUUAAGAGCAAUCUGGAGUGUUCUUUCUCCCUCUCUCCAUUGUCCUUUUGGGUAGACGUUGAGCUUCAGUAAGGUACUCAGAAUACCCUGUCCCGUUAUAGGUUGAUCAUUUGCCUAGUGUAAGUUAGUUUGAUUACAGGCUGAACUUUGAUGGAAUAUGAGGUUUUGAAAUCACAACAUGGGCAGAACUGAUCUUGCCUUUACUCAAGUUAGUGACAGAGCCUCCGUCAGCUUCAGCAAAUCCGGGUGAGGCAUUGCAGCUCCAGCUCACAGAGAAUAUGAGCUCAGCCUUUUUCUUUCAUAGGAGCUUUAGCAUGUGCUGAGAAGCUGUGCUGAGUUGGAUACAGAAUGGAGCAGAAGAUCAGUGCACAGAAGUAGAUUCUAAUUAGUAAGGAUCUCCAUGCCUUCAGCUGCUUGCCAAACUGUCCAGAAAAAAAAAAACACUGGACAUAUUGUAUUUCUUUGACUGUUUUUAUAACAUACAGUGGGAUUAAUUAUAUAAAAUAUAACUGUUUCAAAAUGGUAUUUCAAAGUAGGUUACAUUUUUGAACUUCCAGCUUUCCUGAUGUCUUUUUCAGUUACGUCAGUGAGAAUCCUGAGGUAUUCUGUAAAUUAUGUAUCAUCUUAUACUUUGAAUUAAAGUAGCACUUAGCAGUAUUGCCACCAGCACUCUAAAACAAUGUGCGACUGUUAAAAUACCUAUUUUGUGUACCACUUUUUAUUCUAUUCUUCAACAGCAUGUGGUUGUGAUGACUGGUAGCCUUUAAUAUGUGACUUUGGGUUUCUUGUUUACAAAACAUUUAACCCAAUUUAGGAUUUAGGAAAACUAUAUCUUUUUAAAAUAAAAAAAUUAAUGCUUGUGCUGGCAUUGAUGAGUAAUCUUACAGUAAAAAAAAAUAAGCCCCAGAGGUGCAAUGACACAAGUUGUUCUCCUGAGUAAUGUGUUUAAAAAUAUAUUUCAGUUGGUUGUGAAAGUAGUAGGGCAGAAGUGAUAUUUAAAAAAAUACUUCAAAAUACCUUGAUAAUACUUCAAUGACUUCGGCUUUUGCUUUUAAUAGGAUGUGAUACAAUUUUAUUUAAACAAUGUUUUUGUAGGCCUGUUGAAGGGACGCUUCAGGCAAAGUUUAACUGGCAUUUUUUUUGUGGCUGUUGGAAAACAUUGUGUUUUGGGAAUCCCCAUUUAAACAAUGUCCAGAUGCUCUAGUCAUAACCUAGAACAUUCAGGACAUCACUGUUGUGAAUAUGUACAAUGUCAGGGAAGAUCUUUACAUGCUUAACAGAACAUGUAGUCUAGAAGGUUUUACUUGAGGAGGCGAAAUGGAACCGAAUUGUUAUUUAAUCUUGCCACAAAAUGUGGUGGGUAGACAAGAGAAUAACUUCGUUGUUGGUAAUAGCAAAGAAGGAUCAUCAUAAAUGUAAUAUGAGAAAUUAUACAUAGACUUGACAUAACUGAUGCUUAUGUCUUCAGAUGCAGUUCACAUUUCCAGAAUAACAUUGCCCUCUUUGCAGAGCUGAGUAGAGGACAGAGCAUGAACACUGUAACAAAGAAGAGUUCAUUGACUUACAAUUCCCGAGUAUCGUGUUCUCUUAAAAAACAAACCACAAACCCAGCCAAAGCUCUAGUGUUCAUGCUAUUUCAGCUAAAUAAACUGUGCAGAGGAUUACAUGAUUAUAUGUGAAUAUGCAUGUGAAAAGACUUAGUAUUGCAGCUACCCAUUGUAAAAUCUGUUAGGACCAGUACAUUGGAAAGAUAUCAAUGUCUAUUUUUAAAUUAAAAUAAGAAAUGAUUUUUUUAUUUGUAUAAAGUUGUAAUUUUGCUGUUAACUAUAAUUUUUUUUACUGAAAUACAGUUUUGUAAUUUGCAUUUAGAAUUUCUAAUGUGAAAAGGAAUUUAUGAAAUCUAGUUUAAUAAAGGAUUUUUGCCACAA